GAAUGAAAUUUCUCAUUUUAGCUGGCCUUUUGAGCACUGCCACUGCUCUGCCCAUUCCUCUUGAACAAUAUGGAGGAAGUUCCAGUGAACAGAGAUUUGGCUUUUACCCGCCACAAGGACCACCGUUUUUUCCUCAGAUCCUGUUUCCGCCUCCUCCACAACUGCCCUUGGUUCCAAUUCCUAUUCCUUUGCCUUUUCCUUUUGAUCCAAAUCAGGUCCUGACACUUAAUGAUCUUAUAACGUUAAUCACUUCUAUUUUGAACCAACUCGGGGGUUUCUUUGGGGUAAGACUUUAUUUCUAUGAUUUUACUGAUAAAAGCAAGUGACAUUUAAUCUCAAGAAAGGUAAGAACAAUUCUCAACUAUAAAAACAUAUGGCAGAGUCAUACCCAACUGACUUACCCAAAUUAGAGCUCCUGAACUAUAAACUCUGGCUCUUUAGAUCAGAAUUUCUGCAAGUCUAAAAAAGGUAUUAUUUUCAUAACGUCCAUGCUAUGUGACAAAAUUUUAGCUUACAGAAACAUAUGUAGUAUUAGGUUGAAAUUUCAAACAGUAAAUUUUACCUCAAGCUUGUUUUUGUUUUAUGGACAAUUCCUGUAAGUAGUGAGAAAAGUCAGCAUGAAACUAUCACAUCUAGAAAUGGCUUGAUUUCCAGGCAAGGAAAUACAUCUCAACACAAAUGCAUCAGCUUGCUGGAUGGCAAGGCUACAAACCUUGAAACUUUGACUCUCAUCCAAGUUUAUUUUCAUUUAAAAUAUAUACAAAAAAAUAUAUUUUUUAAAGAUUUUGUUUAUUUAUUCAUAAGAGAGACACAGAGAGAGAGGGGCAGAGAGAGAAGCAGACUCCAUGCAGGGAGCCCAAUGUGGGAUUCCAGGAUCAUGCCCUGGGCUGAAGGCAUACGCUAAACCACUGAGCCACCCAGGCGGACCCGUAUAUUCCUUUCUUAAGUAUCUGAAUUAAUGUCAAUCAAAAGUAUAUUUGGUAUGUAUUUAUUUUAAUCCACCCUGAGAGAAGCUAAUGAGUCAAAAUAUUCUCAAUCUCAAUUUUGAGAAAGAAAUUGGAUUUCACUCAAUGAAAUGAGCAGGAUGAGAGACAUGAGUGGAAACAAAGAAGAAAUUAUGGCAAAAAUACUUUCAUAUAAUAAAACUAUAAUUUGUGUUUACUUUGGCAGAAAUAAUUCUCUAUCAGAAAUUAUAUACGGUGAGUAAAAUCUCCAAAUACCUUUCAAGCACUAUUAUGUGCGUUAAA